AUCUUACUAUUGGCGAUGACGUGGAGUUAGUUUCCUUUGAUGUUGUCUCACUCUUUACGUCCAUCCCCACAGAAAUAGCGGUUCCUUGACGCCUAAUGAUAUAACAUCCUUGCUGUCCUUUUGUCUGAAUUCCACUGAAUUUAGCUUUAGAGGCACCUAUUACAAGCAAAGCCAUGGCACGCCAAUGGGCUCCCCUAUUUCCGUAACUGUGGCUAACCUUGUCAUGGAAGUGGUUGAAUCAAGGGCACUCUCUUCAUUUCUUGCUGCUCCAAGGAUUUUCAAACGGUAUAUGUCGAUGAUCUGUGUCAUAAAGAAAGACCAAAUUGAGACCAAAUAGUGUGCGGUCAAGCGAACCGUACGGUCGCACUUUAUAAGCUCUCUGUAAUUUCAAGCAUAUUUCUGUAAAAAAUCAAUAUUGAUUUACAACAUGGUAUCACCAAACACCUCCAAACUAAAGAAGGAAAAUGAUAAACUAAAAUCCCAGGUCAACGCCAUUUCUGACGAGCUUGAAGCACUCAAGAAAAAAGUGGACGCCUCGGGCAUCAUGGCCGCCGAUGCUUCGGCUCGUCCUAUAGAUCUGGAGAAAAGCGUACAAUUCCUGUCAGAUGAAUACGAUGACUCAAAGAGUUUUGUCGCGUCGUUAAAGCAAGAUUUCGAAAGAAUCUCCUCGAAGUUACGAUGCAUUGGAGAAGAUUUGACGAAGAUCGAAGAAGCCAUUGAAUCGAUUCAUCAAUACAGCUACCAAUACACCUUAAAGAUCCCCGGUGUGCCGCAAGAAAACAGCUCUGAGUCGUUGAGAGAGUCUGCAGACAUCUGUCUCAAGAUUUUCAAUGAAAUCGGAGCAAACGUUAUGGAAUCAGACAUUGACAUUGCMCACCGAAUGCCAAACAAAAGGAAUUCAAAUUACCCGCCAAUUAUCCUUUGUAAAUUCACCAGAAGACUCGCGAAAGAGUCAGUACUCCAACAUAGAAAACAAGACAUUGACUUAAGGAAAAUUGGGAUUCAACCAGGCGAGAGUAAGGUUAAAUUCCAYGAUCACCUGACUCCAAAAUCGCAGUUGCUGUUCAAUAAAGCCAGAGCAUUCCAGAAAGAACAUGGCUACGAAUUCUGCUGGACCAAUAAUUCAUCAAUCCUCUUAAAAGCYACCACAAAUUCUAAAGCUAUCCGUGUCACCGGCGUUGAUGUUUUGCACGACUUAGUAAGCAAUAAUGACGACGCAGCUCAAGCAGCAGARUSUCAACCGCCAUGGAAAAGAAUUUGGCCUCCCGAAGAUGAGUCAAGCAAAGGACCUAGGACAAGAGCAAGGAGCAAGGCUGACAACGUCAACUGCGAAUUUCAACAACAACUAAAUAACGACAUUGACAAUAUUAAAGAAGACCAUCGACUUUUCGUGAAAGCUGACAAAUCUACUAACUUCUACAAACUGGAUGCUCCAACCUACGACAACCUUGUAAAAUCUAAUGUAACCAAAACAUACAAAAAAUCGGAAAAAAAGCAAUUAUCCAACAUCAACAAAGAAGCUAAACUAAUAGCUGAAAAUCUUAAUAUUGACGACCGCAUAGAACCUAUGGCUGAAAAAGAAUGUUUCAUAACACUUAAAGACCAUAAAGCAAAUUUUGAAAACAAACCUACAUGCCGCCUGAUCAACCCUGCUAAAACUGAAAUUGGACAAAUAAGCAAAAGAAUCCUUGACAAAAUAAACAAAGAGAUCAUUAAAGCAACAAAGAUAAAUCAAUGGAAAAACACAUGUUCCGUCCUAAAGUGGUAUAAAGAAUUUCCUAACAAGACGAACGCUUCCUUCAUUUGCUUUGAUGUAGUAGAAUUUUACCCUUCUAUAACCGAAAAACUUCUUCAUGACGCUCUGAACUUUGCCCAGAACUAUACAAACAUAACUGAAGAUGACCGUAAAAUUAUCAUAAAUGCAAAGAAAUCUCUCCUUUUUAACAACGGACAACCUUGGUGUAAAAAAACGGAAAAUAAACUGUUUGACGUAACUAUGGGGAGUUAUGAUGGAGCUGAGACGUGCGAGCUAGUUGGCUGUUUUCUACUUUCAUCUUUAGCUGAAAAAUACGGGAACCGCAUUGGCCUUUACAGAGAUGAUGGCCUAGCAAUAUUCAACAAAUCCCCGAAAGAAAUAGAAGACAUCAAGAAAGAUAUCUGUAACACAUUCAGCAAACACGGCCUUCGUAUAACCAUUGAAGCCAACAAAAAAGUAGUCAACUUCCUCGACGUCACACUAGAUCUAAAUCGCAGUUCUUUCAGACCAUAUUCAAAACCUGGCAACACCCCACAAUACGUACACAGUAAAUCCAACCAUCCCCCAAGCAUAAUCAAAAACAUUCCUGAAGCUAUCAACCGAAGAUUAUCUGAAAUAUCAUCUGAUGAAAAAACUUUCAACGAUUCUGUUCCUAUAUAUCAAGAAGCACUAACGAAAAGCGGAUAUGAUUUCAAGCUAAAGACUUUGAGGCAGUUGCUAUCCAGACCAAAAGAUCAUGCGGAUAAGGACAAGCAGACCGGUGUGAUAUAUUCCAUUGCGUGCGGAGAGUGUAACAUCAAGUACAUAGGAGAAACCAGCAGAGUGCUAGGAACAAGAAGAAAGGAACACCAGGCUGCUGUUCGAUUGGCAAAAAUUGAGAACUCAGGAUUACCUCAGCAUGCCACUUCCACAGGACAUGUGAUAAAUUGGCAAAGAACGGAGAUUCUUGCUAAAGAGAAAAUAGAUACCGAUAUGGAUUUAAAGAUCGUACAACUCUUUAUCAGGUUUUGCACGGCAUAUGCAUUGGAACUGUGUAGCUAUAACGAAGAAAAUAAACCUGACUUCUCACACUCAAAACAAUUCCUCAUCUCCUUUUUAGAGGAAUGUUUGGUGAUAGCUCGUCUUCUACUCGAUACCAAGACGCUGAUUUACAUUUAUAAUGCAUUAGGUGAUUUAUAUCGUCGCGUAUAUCAACCAGUGAAAGCAAUCCAUUGUUACGAAAAUUUGCGAGCCUUUCUUUAUGGCACUGGUGAGCUAGAAAUGAAAAUCAACAGAACGAUAGGAAUUACCUACCAAUUAAUAGGGAAAUAUCACAAGGCUAUUGAAAAUUACCAAAAGAGUCUAAGAACUGCUAUAAACAUCAAUGACAGAAAAGGAGAAGGAGAAGCUUAUCGACAUUUAGGUGCUGCCUAUCAUUCAUUAGGAGAAUAUCGUAAAGCGAUUGGAUGCCAUGAAAAAGGUCUCAGCAUUGCUAAAGAGAUUGGUGACAGACUGGGAGAAGGACAUUCAUUUGGAAAUUUAGGGACCGCCUAUGUUUUAUUAGGAGAAUAUCACAAGGCGAUUGGAUAUUAUAAAACGGUGCUGAGAAUUGCUGAAGAGAUUGGAGACAAACAAAGCGAAGGAACUACUUAUGGAGAAUUAGGUAAUGCCUAUUGUCAAUUAGGAGAAUAUCAAAAGGCGAUUGAAUAUUACGAAAAGCAACUGAGCAUUACUAAAAAGACUGGUCACAAACAAGGAGAAGGAACUACUUAUGGAAAUUUAGGGGUUGCCUAUUAUUCAUUAGGAGAAUAUCACAAGGCUAUUGAAUAUCAAGAAAAGAGACUGAGCAUUACUAAAGAGAUUGGGGACAAACAAGGAGAAGGAGCUACUUAUGGAAAUUUAGGCAAUGUCUAUUAUUCAUUCGGAGAAUAUGACAAGGCGAUAAAAUAUCAUGAGAAUAGGUUGAGCAUUACUAAAGAGAUUGGAGACAAACAAGGAGAAGGAUCUACUUAUGGAAAUUUAGGGAAUGCCUAUUUUUCAUUAGGAGAAUAUGACAAGGCGAUAGAAUAUCAUGAAAAGGCACUAAAUAUUGCUAAAGAGAUUGGCUACAGACAAGGAGAAGGAGCUAGUUAUGGAAAUCUAGCGAAUACCUACCAAUUAUUAGGAGAAUAUCACAAGACGAUUGAAUGCCAUGAAAAGAGUUUGAUUAUUGCAAGAGAAAUUUGUGAUAAAAGAGGAGAAGGAGAUACUUAUGGAAAUUUAGGGCUUACCUACCUAUCAUUAGGAGACUAUCACAAGGCGAUUGAACACCAUAAAAAAGAACUGAGCAUUGCUAAAGAGAUUGGUGACAGAAAAGGAGAGACAGCUGCUUAUCAAAAUCUUGGGAAUGUCAAUAUUUCAUUAGGAGAAUAUCACCAGGCAAUUAUAAGUUAUGAAAAGAGCUUAAGCCUUGCUAAAGAGACUGACAACAGACAAGGAGAAGGAGCUACUUAUGGAAGUAUAGGAUCUGCCUAUUGGUCGUUAGGAGAAUUUCGGAAGGCGAUUCAAUAUUAUGAAGAGGCACUGAGUAUUUCUAAAGAGAUUGGUGACAGACAAGCAGAAGGAGUUAUUAAUGGGAAUUUAGGCAAUGUCUAUGCAUCAUUAGGAGAAUAUCACAAGUCGAUUCAAUAUUAUGAAAGGAGCCUAAGAAUUACUAAAGAGAUUGGAGACAGACAAUCUGAGGCAAUAAUGUAUGGUAAUAUUGGUGUUCUAUAUGAAAAAACCGGCAGCGUUACAGACCUGAGCAAAUCAAAGGAAAAGCUUGAGAAGAGCUUACAAUGCUACGAGAAAUUGUUUGAUAAUCUGAAAGACAAAGACCAAUUCAAGGUUUCAAUCGUCGAUACAUUCAUCACAACCUACAAGAUGCUCAGCCAAGUCCACAUUAAAACCGGACAAGUGGAAGAAGCGCUCAUGGUUUGUGAACGUGGGCGAGCACGUGCUAUGAGAGAUCUUUUGUCCCUUAAAUACAACACAACUGAGAAAGCAGAAUCAAAAGCAUUGGAACUUGCUGAUGUAAAAACAAUUUCUUCACAUAGAGAAUCCUGCAUUCUUUUUUACAAUCUUAACGAGGUAACUUAUCAUUGCUGGAUCGUAUCAUCCCGAAGUCCAUCAUUCUUCUUUUACGAUGAAAUAGACAACCGCGAAGCUUUGGCAACAAUUGUUUCGAGCCUCUCUGAAGAUGAGCGAGCAAAUACUGAAGCGGGAUAUUUUCAAUAUCUCGUUGACAACUGUUUUCAGCAGCUGAAUGUUAGAGAAGGAAAAGGAAUGAAAUGCGAAGACAGAUCGAUGAACUUACUAGAGCAUAAAGACCUGGAGUGUACACCCUCGAAAAACUCUUUGCAGCUAAGUGAAACUGCCUUUGAAGCUUUUCAAAAGGUUGACAGAUGUAUUCCCGACGAGGAAGACGGUGAUGUAGAGCCUCUCGAUAUGCUCUUCUAUAGACUAGUUUCCCCAGUACUGGACCAGCUGAUCCACGACGAGUUGAUCAUCAUCCCUGACGGUCAUCUUUUCAUGGUGCCCUUCGCUGCUCUUCAAGACCCAAAGACCGGCAAAUAUUUGUCUGAAACUAAGCGCAUUCGACUGGCUCCUUCUCUGACGACGCUGAGAAUUUUACAGAAAUCCUCGCAUGACUACCACGAGGGCUCAGGAGCUCUGAUCAUCGGAAACCCAACAACUGGACAUGUCAGUCGUAACGGUCGUACAGUGAUAUUCUCCCUGUUACCCGAUGCCGAGGAUGAAGCCAUAGAGAUUAGUAAUCUUCUUGGUGUACAGCCAUUGAUAGGGACUCAAGCAACAAAAGAAACAGUCCUGAGAAGACUUCGGCAAGGUGUGUCAAUUAUCCAUUUUGCUGCACAUGGUAGUAAGGAAAAUGGACAGAUUGCUCUCGCUUCAUCUAAACCUACGACGUACUCCAGUCCAGCAGAGGAGAAAGACUGCAUCUUGACCAUGAAAGAAGUACAAGAGAGUGGAAUUCGUGCUCAACUGGUUGUCCUCAGUUGCUGCUACAGUGGUCGAGGGGACAUCAAGUCUGAAGGAGUUGUWGGAAUGACUCGAGCCUUUCUUGCUGCAGGAGCUCGUGCUGUUGUAGCCUCAUUGUGGGCCAUUGACGACACAGCAACAAAGUUCUUCAUGUUGAAAUUCUAUUCGCAUCUCAAGAAUGGAGAGAGUGCAAGCAAGAGUCUGCAGGAGGCAAUGAAGGACAUGAGAGAGAUAUACGAGGAACCAAUGUUUUGGGCUGGAUUCUUUCUGAUUGGAGACGAUGUCACCAUCACAGUGUGAUUGAACAUUAAUUCGAUAAUUUAACAUGAUUUCAGUAACUUCAAAUGGACGUUAAAUUAAUCUAUAUUAAUUGACAAUAUAGGAUGAACUUUGGAGAGUUUCAAGACGUUUUCUGUGCACAAUAUAAUGAAUAUAAAGAAUUGUCUUUUAAUCUAUAUAUCGGCUUAGUAUGUACAUUCAGGCUGUUUUUUUUUUGUCAGAUUCAAUUACUAACAAUUAGAUCUCGAGGGCGUGUGCACUAUGAGCUGAUAGAGGUCAAAGACCGAAUGGGCUCCUAUCAGCUCGUAGUCCAAGAGGCCGAGAGAUCUAAUUGCUUUAGUAUUACCAUACUAGUUGGACAAAAAAUAAAUAAAAUAUAUAAAUAACUAAUUUUUUAUUGCUAAAAAUGCACAAAAAGUUUUCGCUUUUCGCUAGUCGAGGGCAUUGUUAAUAGACCCCGAGUAGCGUAGCCAAUCAGAACGAAGGAUUUGCAAUUGUCCACUAGUAUAGUAAUACUAAAAGUACUUAUCAUACUAACAAUAUACCUUAAUUAGAAGACGAGAAUCGAACCGAACUAUAUAACAGCCCUGAUAUAACGAAAUGGGUCAAUUCAGGUGCAUCUUUUACGUUGCAUUUUUGUUUAAAAAUAGACUGAUUGUUUUAGAAAUAGACUGUGAGAUAAUUUUAAUUAAAAUUUGCCUUAUACUU